CGAGUCCAGUCUGGCUGAUUUCAAUGACUGUCAGUCGUUGUCAGUCAGUGUUUUGAUUUUUGAUUUUUUUUUGGGUCAUUUGUUAGUUAAUACAGAGCCUAAGGCUAAAAUGUGCUGCAGCUGGCAGGGGAAGUCCCCCGAUGAACCACAUGGGCUUCUGAAGGAAGGAGUAAAGAACUAUGGGCAUGUGGAAAUUUUGAAGAUGAAACAUAAAGUGGGGGGACUUAAUUUUGAUGUUUAAUUGCAGUUAGUCUUGCGUCAGCUCUUAUCAAGGUGAAAGUUCCUCUCUGUGACACUGAAUGAUCCUUAUGCUCCCUCAUGUACCAUCCAAACACACAGCAGGUCACACUCUGCAGUCUCUGCCACGUUGGGAACGGAGCAUUUCAUUUGUGAUAAAUUGCGCGAAGGAAGACGUUUUUUGAACGCUGAAAAUCCCACAAUACACACUUUUAAGCGUUUUCUGCAGGCGUCCAGGAAUUCUGCGCGAAUGUGCCAUGCCGUGCGCGCACACGCGCGGGCGCGUGGCUUCACUGGUAACUUAAGGCUUAAGUUCUCAGCCAAAGGCGGAGUCAGCGCCGCGGCUCGGCUUCUACCUUAGCGCGAGUUAAACACACGCGUCUAAAUAAAGAUGUUCAGGUCGACGUACGACAAAGGAUAGAGCUUCAGACGACUCCAGAGUUUGAUGUUACACCGGGAUGUGACGUCUGGGCUGACGUAGCGGCUCCUGCUACAGUAAAAUGUUAGAGACCCAAGGAGGUGACUGAUGACUCGCACCGACAAUGUCUCAAACAUGCGCCAUCUUCGCCGUCGUUUUAUUGCUGGCCGUGCAGCUUUGCGCAGGUGAGAAGUCCUGCUCCCUCUGGUCCAGUGCUGGACCUGUGGUGCCGCUCAGAUCCACUUUUAUAGUUUACUGCAGCUUUAACUGCAACUGCAAAGGGUCCAUGUCCAGUGGCCACCCGCCGGCGGCACAGAGCCACAGCACGCUCAAUUCAACAACCAUAUACUUUAGGGUGGUGAACAUAACCAAGAACAGGACGUACAGCUGCCACUGUAACUGCUCCCCAGCGCUGGAUCCCUGUGGAAUGGACAUCUCCGCGGGGCACCUACCAGAUCGCCCAAAGAACGUUUCAUGCACCUUCAAGGUGAAAGAUAACGAAAGUGGAGAUGUGUUCUGCACCUGGAACACAGGGCGUGAUACUCUUCUAGGAAACAGUUCAACGCUGUGGAUCAGAACUGUAUCUGGGAACGGCACAGAUGAACUGCGUCUCACCCGUAAGGGAACUGACUCCCCGUCGGGUAGUUUCCCUCUGUCCACGUCUGUCCAGCUCAUCUCUGUGCGGGUCCAUGUCCAGAACCCUCUGGGCUCUGCAGAGUCCUCCACCAUUAACUACACCCUCAGAGACAUUGUGAUGCCGUCAAGUCCUGACCUCGUGCAAGUUGACUGCUUGUCCCGGAGGUGCAGCGUCGCUGUGAAGCAGCCUGUGAGGACUGAACACCUGGAGAUUCAGUACACAGCAGGACAGACGUGGACAACGUACACACAGCAGGUUGCUCCGAUGAGUUCAGUCUGGUCCAUCUCCUCUCUGGAGCCGUAUAGGCUGUACCACUUCAAAGCCAGAUCCAAAUUUGCUACUGGUCUGUGGAGUGAGUGGAGCUCAACCGUGACCAGCUGGACGGAGGAGGAGACUCCUGCUGAAGAGCUGGAUGUGUGGUUCUCUGAACAUGCGUCGGAUCACAGCUCCCUGAGAGUUUACUGGAAGGAGCCACACAUUUCCGUCUCCAGAGGGAAGAUCACUGGGUACCAGCUCAAAGCGUGUGCCCCAGAUUGUGGACGGUACUUCAUCGCCAACGUCAGCGCUGAUGUCAGGAAUUAUUCAGUGCCGUUUUGUCCUAACUGCAAAGUGACUGUGUGGGCUCGCAACUCUAAAGGGCUUUCCCCUCCUGCCAGCGUCACAGCCCGCUACACAGAGGCCCAGCCUCCUCAGAAUGUGCGAGUCACACGAGGUGAACGCGGUGUCGCCAUCUACUGGACAAAGCCUGUAACUGCGCCGCUACCUGUCGCCUAUCUGGUGGAGUGGUACCCGGCAGGCCACAAGAUGGAGGAGCUUCGAUGGGUCCGGCUCAGCGGGAACGACCGCCAUGUAGUCAUCACAGACAUGAAGGCGUUUGAGUGCUACCAGGGAGCAGUGUUUGUUUUCUACAGUGACAAUUCGGCGAGUAGCACCACAUUUACAGGUGUCGCCACUCAGGAGUCAGCCCCAACAGCUGGUCCACAGGUGGAGUAUAUAUAUACAGGGAAGGAAAACAGAGUGACGUGGACGGAGCUUCCCAGAGGUCAACGAAUGGGCUGCAUCACCAAGUACACCAUCUAUUUAGAGGGCAGCGGUGAACACAAGAAGACCUACUCCGUCCCAGCAUCAGAGAGGGGAUAUGUCAUCCAAGGCCUGUCUCCAGAUUCAUACAGCGUGUGGGUGACAGCCUCCACUGCUGCAGCGGAGGGCCCCGCCGGGCAAAAAGACAGGUUCUUUGUCCAGAAGUCCCAAAUAUCUCUCCUACUGGUGUGUGGCGUGGUUUCCGCCGUCUUGCUGUUUGUGGUCUGUCUGUGCCAGUGCUCAGCUGUAAAACAGAGGUUUUGGAUGUUUUUCCAGUGUCUUAUCCUUGAUGUGGUGCCGGAUCCUGCAAACAGCAAAUGGGCAAAGGAAUGCACCCAGGAGAAGGGCAAGAUGAACCUGCAGAUGCAGAGUAAUUCCAGUUCCAGAGAGGAAGAGGAGCCCAUCCUGGUGAAUGUGGAGGAGCUGCCCAAACACAUGAGUGGAAGUGUCUCCUCCCAGUACCCCGCUCAGACCUGUCAGAGUCCUGACGUGGAGCCGGCCACGCUGCUCUACCCUGUGACCACAUACAUCACGAGCUUGUCCCACAACUCUGACAGCUCCGACCACACGCACACCUCCAUGGACACAAACACAACCGUGGGAUACAUCUCCAACCAGGAGCCGGGAAACAUUCAUGAAGAGGAGGAGGAUGAAGAUGAAGAGUUUCCAGAAGAGCUUAGAUUCUUCCCCAGCCCUGUCUUCCUGGAACAGCUGAACUUUGGAGGGAAGCUGACUUUAGAUUCUGUUAAAAUUUCUUGAGACAAUUGUUGCCACAGACUGGACACAGCGACUGGACUGAUUCCUUUUUUUCGUCUGUAAAAGAACUACCUCCGAAUGAGUCAUUAGCAACUUAGAAAUGAGUUGUUUGUGGACAUUUUCAUUGAAUGCAUUAUCAGUGUUUCCUAGGCACACUAAUAAGAGGCCGUAAUAAGGACUGAAUAUUGACUGCCUGCCUGAACUGAGAUGGGGCGCCCACAUUGUGACUAGCUGCAGCGGAAAGAGUGCUACUAAGAUGACAGAACGCCUUUCUCUCCAGACAUCUUGACAUUCCUGUUUCUGACUGUGCUUCAACACAUCUAUGCUACCUCAACCUUAGCACAGCGAAAUGGAAAAUUCAAUUGUCUCAGAUUUAGUGGUGCACAUCACCGUUCAUAAUACAACUGUAUUCACUAUAUGCAACAAUUAAGACUAGACUCUUAAUAUAUCAAAUAUUUGGAAAUAUUAAAUUUGAGCAAAUGCAAACAUGC